AUGUCGGUGUGGGAAUCCAUACCUUCCGAUCUACCGGCCGGUGUGCUACAGCUAGAGAACCAGGUAGCCGGACAUACGGCCGCCCAGGGCUGUCUUGGGCUGCUGAAAACCACCGGUGAUGGAACGAUCCUAAAACCCACCGGAAAGGUACUAUGUGGCAUCCGCGAGAUAGCAUUCUACGAGCGUUUGGAAGAAGCACGGAAGCGCAACGAUGACAAGCCGGUAGAAGAUCUGUGGACCGUACUGUGCCGGGUGGUACCAAGAUAUUUUGGCCACCCGAAGUUAACAAUUGACGGGACGGAGGUUGAGUUUAUCGAGCUGGAAGAUCUAACCGAAGGGCUCGUGUGGCCAUGCAUUAUGGAUGUAAAGAUAGGGCGCCGCACAUGGGAUCCGCUGGCAACGCCGGAAAAGCGAAAAGCGGAAGAAAACAAAUACAAAGCAUGCCGACAGCGAUUUGGCCUGUGCAUUCCUGGGUUUCAGCUGUACUCGGUGCGGGACGGUGGUACGCUGAUCCGGCACGGAAAGGAUUACGGUAAAAAGCUUACCGAGGAUAACAUUCGUGACGCAUUCCUACUUUACUUAAAUGCAACUGAAGAUGGGCGAGUUUCGCGAACGCUGCUGGAUCAGUUGCUGCACGAUCUGUACUUGAUUCGCGACUGGGCUCGCAAGCAAACCAACUUCCGGCUGUACUCUAGCUCGGUACUGCUCGUGUAUGAUGCAGCCCAGCUCGAAGACAAACCGGCGGCCGAGGAGAAUCGUUCGGAACCACAGAGAGAAAGGCUGACCAAUUCCAACGGAACACUGCUGACUGCAAGGGCACGAAUGAUCGACUUCGCGCACGCAUUUCCGACCGAGUCGUGCGAGGUGGACACCGUGGAUGAAAACUACUUACAGGGAGUAGACAGCUUAGUGGAGAUAUUCGAACAAUUUCUUGCCACUGGACAGGUACACUAA